AUGACGGUAGGCAGCAGCGGAGCGGUGUGCCAGGCGGCGGCCACAGACACGCUGGAGCUGACUGAGGAGAAUGUGGAGACGGUGUUGGACGAGGUGCGGCCCUACCUGAUGGCGGACGGCGGCAACGUUGAGUUUGUGGAGAUUGAUGGGCCUGUGGUGUACCUGCGCCUGGCGGGGGCCUGCGGCUCCUGCCCCUCCUCCCUCACCACCAUGACCAUGGGCAUCAAGCGGCGCCUCAUGGAGCGCAUCCCGCUGGGUGGGUGGAGUCGCGCGUGGCCCUACCUGGUGGGCACCGGCGGCGGCGGCCUGGAGCUGGUGGAGCUGGAUGGGCCCAUCGCCAAGGUGCGCAUCACUGGCCCCGCGGCCAACGUGAUGACGGUGCGGGUGGCGGUGACGCAGAAGCUGCGGGAGCGUAUCCCCGCCAUCGCCGCCGUGCAGCUGGUCAACUGA